UUCGCACUAGAUCGAUAAAAGAGAAAACAUUUCCCUCUUUUACCUUAUCGUUGAGAAAUGAAAGCGUUUGACAUGGCCGCCUGUUUUGAUGACACCUUAUUGGACUUCGCCUCCGACGUCGGAGAAGAAGACGAAGAAGACAACAACAAAUCCUCGAAGACUAACUCUUCCUCCUCCUCUUCUCUUAACCCUAACAACUCUUCUUUUUCAGAAUCUGUAGAGGAAGAACUGGAAUGGUUAUCAAACAAGGAUGCAUUUCCAGCAGUGGAAACAUCAUUCGUGGAUGUUAUAGAGACGGGGACAAAGCAUCAAAGCUCGACGUCGGUAACCUUAACGGACGGUAACAUCAUAAUGUAUUGUUUAAGCAACGUCAAGAUCCCAGUAAAAGCGAGGUCGAAGCGUCUCCGCAAAUGCAGGGAGCAGGGAAACAGAUGGUGGUGGGUUCAUGAGAAAGUGACCACCACCGCAGCCAAGGGAAAUCAAUGGAGGAGUAUGGGAAGGAAAUGCCAGCAUUGCGGUGCGGAAAAGACACCGCAAUGGAGGGCAGGGCCGCUUGGGCCCAAAACGCUUUGCAAUGCUUGUGGAGUGAGAUAUAAGUCGGGGCGUUUGGUGCCAGAGUAUCGUCCGGCAAGCAGCCCGACGUUUUCGAGUAAGUUACAUUCGAAUUCACAUAGGAAGAUAUUGGAAAUGAGGAAGCAUAAGCAGUUAUAGGCUUCUGGUGAGCUGAUCCCCUCUCACUCGCUCUUUUAAAAUUUUGGGUCUUUUUUCUUUUUAAUCUUUUUUUUAAAGUUAGUUUAGGAGUUUGGUUGUAAUGGGCUUCGAUUAGAUUAGCGAAAGUU